GUGCUGCUGAGUUAUAAUCGUGGGCUCAACCAUAUCGGGCUUUUCUAAUAAUGACGUCAUCGAUACUUUAAGAAACCGCUGACAGUUAGCGGGGUUGAGUUAUUUCGAGAAAUUCGCUAGUCAUAUGCGAGGUGAUCCAAUACGAAAAGUGAGCAAAUUUGAGAACUUUUAGCCUCAUUGCAAAGGGAAAUAAGCACCAUGUCCUUCGGUGAAUAUACUUCAAACUCCAGCACAGGAUCAAAGGGUGGCUCCACAGAGUAUAACAGACUCUGUAGCUGCGUUAGUAAUAAUAUUCAAGCAAUCAACAAAAAUGUCACUACAAUUCAGAAGCUUGUGGACAAGCUUGGAACUUCAGAGGAUAAAUCACAGUUGCAGAGCAGACUACAACAAACAGAACAAGCCACUCAAAAACUUGCCAAGGAAACUCACUCUUACUUGAAGCAGCUUCCACAUCUGUUUGGAGAAUCACCACCUGAAAGACGUCAAAGGAAAAUACAAGUAGAGAAGUUAGCAGACAACUUCUCAACAGCUUUGAACACUUUUCAGCAACUUCAGAGGAGUGCAGCAGAAAAGGAGAGAGAAUCUGUUUCACGUGCAAGGUCAAUGUCUGCAGCAAUGCCAACCCCAAGUCCAAUGGGUGGAUAUAAUGAUGAGCAUAGCUCAACUUCAAAUGACAGAGCUGGCAGUGGAUUCCAGGUACAAGCAGAAGAAGAGGUCUCUGUGGAAUUGAUAGAGGAAAGGGAAAGAGCCAUUAGACAACUGGAGGCUGAUAUUGUUGGUGUCAAUGAAAUCUUCAGGGAUCUUGCCACCAUGGUGUAUGAGCAGGGUGACAUGAUUGAUAGCAUUGAGGCAAAUGUAGACACUGCUGCAGUCCAUGUUGAAGACGCCAAUGUCCAGUUACAGAAAGCUAGUCACUAUCAGAAAGCGGCAAGAAAGAAGAUGUGCUGUAUCCUAGUUAUUUUGGUUGUUGUUGCAGGUGCCUUGGGUCUUAUCAUUUGGUUGUCAGUAAGAAAUAGCAAAUGAGGUGGAUUUAAGCUUAAAAGCUAAGUUUUCAAAAGAAAGAAACCAUUUAGCUCUAUAGAACAUUACUAUUGGCAAAAAAUAGGAGUUGGAUUAGUGUAGGACAAUACAUGAACACUAGUGCAUCUCAUGAUUCAUAAGCACAAUGUUGUCUAUGGAAUUACAAGCACACGCACUCUCAUCUAUGCUAUUUCUGUUGUCUAAUUUCAUUAACCAGUGAUGAUAUUAUGAAUUGAUUACCAGGGAUGACCACUUCAUAUUUAGUACUUGGUGAAAAAUUUAGUAUCAGUUGUUGUCUGAAGUUAAUUGUUCUGUCAAACUGUCCCAAAUGUAUAUUGUGUUCUAGCAAUAUUGUGAGUACAAUUAAGUUGUGUAUUCAUGGUUUUCUGAGUUCCACAGUGGUCAUUUUUACAGGCCAUUGCUCCUCUUCAUUUAAUGAUUGCCUCUGUAAUGGUUUUCCUUUGUAUAAUACUACUUAAAAAUAAUGUUUAGAUCUCUUAACUUUAGAUGGCAACUGAUCAAUAAAGAUUCAACUUCUUCAUUACCACUCGAAGAUAGAUUAGCCAGAAAUUUACAGAGUUAGGUUUGAAAUAUGGAUUACAGUUACACUGUACCCAUAAUGUAGACAUAACUGGUAUGAAAUCUUCAUAUCAAAAUGUCUCCCAAGGUCUUUUUCCUUUCAAACACUCAAAUUAUACUACACAUUGGUGUUAACAUUUUAAAAAAGAUGCAAUUUAUUUAGCAGUGCAUAAUUUGUAAUUUUAUGAAAUAAUUUUGCCAAAGACAUUGGGUUUACUCAUUGAUAGAGAAAUAAGAAAUAUUAACAAAAAGGUUUUUGUGGGUAGAUCAAACUAAGGACUUCUGUAGUGUUCUUAUACUUUUAUAAUGACAAUAAGACAGUACUAUACAAUCCUUUGUUUCCCUUUAGCAGAGUUCAAGUAUAUAUAUAUAUAUAUAGUGACAUUAACCAUAGAAAAAUUCUCUGUUUAGUAUGGCCUAGAGAGGGAGUUGUAAUUAGGUUUUUUUAUUAGACAAUGAAAUGAAUGGAUCCUGUAAAACCAACCCAAAGGUUGUCUGCUUUUGUUUCCUACUUUCCAGAUAUAAUUGCACUUCAAUCAAGUAUUUUUCCAAAUGUUCUUUAUCUGAAAAAAUUGUGUUAACUUUUUAGUGUAACAAACCAUCCACCUAAGUUUCUGACUCAAGUCUUAAUCUGCACUGAUUAACCCAUAAAUGAGGCAAUUGUUUUUGUACCUUGGUGUGUUGUUAAUGGAAAGCUUUGAUUGGGAUGUUAACCAAGCUUGAAUUAGCCAUAUGUAGGUUGUUGGUGGUUGGUAAAGAUUAAAUUCUUGUUAUAAUGUACAUAAUCAAUAUAUGUUUUUUUACGAAAACUAAGUGUACACUUUUAACUCUGUUUUGUCAAGUUCUGAUAGAAUUGUGACCCAAUCACUUGAAUUGAGCAGGGUCAUUGUUUGUUCAUCUUGAACCAUUCAUCCUGAACUUCCUUAGGUUGCAAGCUCUUUCAAUUCUUAUCUAACACUUGAUAUGGUUGAUGAGGGAGAUUUUUGUUACAUAGAAAUUAAUAAAUAAACUUAGCAGCCUUCUAAA